AUGUUCCUCUUAUGUGCUCCACGUGUACCAUUUCAAUCGGAUGAUUCUAUUUAUGAUCUUUAUACUAUUCCAAAAGAUGCUGGUAAAUCAACAAGUUCAACACAAACCCUGUAUGGUCUUUUAUUAAUUCGUGAAUAUGAUCAUAUUAGUUUAUAUGAUGCUCAAGAAAAACGGUCAUUAGCAAGUGAUGAUUCAGGUGUUUUUAUUUAUACAACAUCAAAUCAUUUUAAAGAAGUUCGAUCAAAAUUAUUAAAUAUUGAUCCAACAGAAUAUAAAUCUGAAGUACGAAAAGAUAUUAGUGGACAAUUUCAAAUUGCAAUGCUAUUAGUAUUUGUUUCGUUUUUUUAUACAAUAGAAUCACUUGAUGAAAAAGUAAUUUAUUAUUGACAACAAAAAAAAAAUUCUCAUGUUACUACUGUUUCCGAAGGGGUUUAAAAAAAGCAAAACAAUAUAGAAAACUUUAAUUUUA